GCCCCUCCCCGAUGUGACUCACCAUCUCGUGUUGUUACAGGAGAAUGAUCGGUUGGACUCAGCGCUUUAUAAAGCGAGCGAUCCCGAUCGGUUUAGCAACGUUCAGGCAGCAGGCAAAGAUAAGAACGAUGAGUGCGCAACCAGAAGACUGGAGCAAGGCCACAUCCAUUUAUCAGUUUAGCGUCAAGGACAUAGAUGGCAAAGAGGUGAAUCUGGAAGAAUACAGGGGUCUUGUCUGCAUUUUUGUAAAUGUGGCCUCUAAAUGAGGAAAGACUUCCGUAAACUACACUCAGCUUGUUGAACUGGAUACUAAAUAUGCUGAGAAAGGUUUACGGAUUUUGGGUUUCCCCUGUAACCAGUUUGGUAAGCAGGAACCUGGUGAUGAGAAACAAAUUAAAGAAUUUGCAAAUAAGUACAAUGUGAAGUUUGGCAUGUCCAGCAAAAUUGAUGUCAAUGGGGAUAAUGCUCACCCUUUGUGGAAAUGGAUGAAGGAGCAGCCUAAAGGGAAAGGUCUCUUUGGAAAUGCUAUUAAGUGGAACUUCUCUAAGUUUCUGAUUGACCGGGAAGGUCAAGUUGUCAAGAGGUAUUCCCCCAUGGAUGACCCUGUGGUGAUUGAAAAGGAUCUCCCCAAGUACCUGUAAUUGACCAAUACAAGCAGCUCAUGGAAAUAUAACUCAAUGUACUGAAUGUAUAUCAGCCUUUCAGUCUAGCUAAUGAUGGUCUGCUUUUAAACCUGUUGAUGUGGAAAAGUGGAUCUGACAUGUGCAUACCUGGCAGAAAUGCUGAUGUAUAUAUCAAACUUGAGUUUCUUGGCAGAUUAUUACCAUAUAUUCUAAAUAACUUGUGAUGUUUAACACUAUAUACAAAACUUUGGACUGUUUUGUUGAAUUCCUCAUGGCAAUAAAAAAAAAAAAUCAGCUCA